UUUGUGAUAUUUGUGUGUGAAGAAGAAAUUGAAGGUUGAUGAUCCCUUCUACGAGUUGGUAUCGAAAGAAGAACAACGUUGGAUCCUGUCCUUGAUUUGUAUUUGAAAGCCAUUGAAGAAGUUCUUCUUCAAAACCCCAUUUUCUAAGCUUUAUUUGCAACUUACCCUUUUUCUCUCCUUUUUGGGCCCCUGAAGCAUGUUUUUGAAGCAAAGCUUGCCUUUUUAAGUCACCAAAGUCUAACCCCAUUUUGAAACUUUGCCUUUUCCUUUUUGGGUAGUGAGCUUAGCUUAGCCUCACUUUAGAGACUCAUGUGUGAUCCCUGAGAAAAGAAAACCCAGUUGCUGGUUUUGGUACUUUGCUUUCUCUCACAAUGAACUCUUCCACAAGGUUGGAUUCAGCUGUGUUUCAGCUCACACCAACUAGAACCAGGUUUGACUUGGUUAUAACUGUGAAUGGAAAGAAGGAGAAAGUUGCCUCGGGUUUGCUCAACCCAUUUCUAUCCCACUUGAAGGCUGCUCAAGAUCAAAUAGCUAAGGGUGGUUAUUCAAUUGUUCUUGUGCCUGAGCAUGGCAGUGACGCCUCAUGGUUUACCAAGGGAACUGUUGAAAGGUUUGUUCGCUUUGUUAGCACUCCUGAGGUAUUGGAACGUGUGUAUACUAUAGAAUCCGAAAUUGCACAAAUUGAAGAGGCAAUUGCAAUUCAAGGAAAUAAUUCUAUAGGGAUUAGCAUUGUGGAAGAAUACCAAAUAAAACAUGUGGAAAGCACUGACGGUAAUUUUGAAAGAACAGGCAGGAAGACUCAGCAGAAUACGAAUGAGGAGAAAGCUAUUGUUCUUUACAAGUCUGAUACACUGCCACCUGAAACAAAUGGAAGCACCAAAUCAGAAGGAAACUCAAAACUUCAGCUUUUGAAAGUCCUGGAGACACGUAAAUCUAUGCUGCAGAAAGAGCAAGGAAUGGCAUUUGCACGUGCUGUUGCUGCGGGUUUUGACAUUGACUACAUGAUGCCUGCUUUGAUGUCAUUUGCUGAAUGCUUUGAAGCAUCACGCUUGAUGGAUGCAUGUAGAAAUUUUAUUUCUCUUUGGAAAAGAAAGCAUGAGAGUGGCCAAUGGCUUGAAAUUGAAACUGCUGAAGUGACGCCCAAUCAUGCUGACUUCUCUGCAAUAAAUGCAUCAGGCAUCAUAUUUUCCAAUAUGGUUACUACUUCCCAUACUAAAUUGGACUUAGAAAGUAAUGGGAAAACUAAUUCAGAUGUGUUUCCAACGGACAGACAACCAACUGCAGGUUACAAAGAUGAUGUUCAAGGUCAUUUUCCAAAUAAUGGGUUUUCCUCCUGGUCUGUUCAUUCUUCCCCAGGUGCUUUAUCAAUGUUUCAGCCAUAUCCAGUUCAAGGGAUACCCUACUAUCAGACUUAUCCAGCAAACAGCCCAUUUAUGCAGCCAGUUUGUUCAACACCAAUGGGACAUAGAAGGCAUUCCAUGGAUAAUGGACAGCUUAUAGAAUCCGAAACUCGGGAUGAAAUGGAUAUGAAGAGGGAGCGUUCACUGACUGGAGAACGAUGGAAGAAGGCUGGCCGAUCAGGCAGACAGAAAUCUGGAAUGGUGGUCAUUAGGAACAUCAAUUACAUAACAAAGACAGAACGAUCUUCGGGCAGUGGAUCAUGUUCAGAUUAUUCCUCUGAAAGUGAUGGAGAUAAAGAUGCUCAUGAGUCAGUUAAGACCUCAAAAAGAAGAGGGACCAGUGACAAAUCUUUUAAAAUGUUGAAUUCAUCUGAUAAGGAAGUAACAGACUCUGGGAAAGAUGCUGAUGGAGGACAGUGGCUAGCAUUCCAAAAUUGUUUACUGAGAGGAGUAGAUGAAGAUAGACAUGCCAUUGACCAAGUUCAGUUUGAUCAAGUGAGAAGAAAAAAACAUGUUGCAGUUGAUGAUCCUAUAGAUUUUACGGAGCGGAAUAUGCAUGAAGCUCGAGGAGGUGGAGCCAUAGAUAUGCUUAGCAUUAGCAAUGGAUUGACCCGCAUGCCUAGGUCAUCCAAUGAUGUCUUGUUAUCUAGGUCAGGACAGUCUGUUAAUGGUAAUUUACAUUCUUCCUCAGAUGUGGCAUCUGUCAAUGGACAAGGUUAUUCAAGCAAUAAAUUGGAAAGGAAGUUGUUUCACGAUACGAAUGAUGACUCCUAUAUAGUCAGAGUCAAAGAUUCAGGAAAUUUUGAGAGAAAUGCUAUUGACAUGGACUCCGAGUUCCCAAAGGUGUACAGGAAGGAAGAAAAUACUUCCAAUUAUCAGCCAGAUGAAUUGAGUUUGAUGCCUGAACGAGGAGCAGAAAAGGGGUCAAUGGGUUAUGACCCUGCCUUAGACUAUGAAUUGCAGGCUCAGUCUGGAAGCGGUGCUUUGCAAGAUAAAAAAAACAAAGGUUCAUUAUUAGCUCACACGAAACUGAGAUCUAAGAUGUUGGAUAAAGAUCUGAAAUCAAAACCUACUCCAAAUAAUUCUGAUGUAAAAAAGACUGUUGGGCCAAUAAGGAGAGGAAAGACUAAUAAACCAAGUCCAUUGGAUGAAGCAAGAGCACGCGCUGAAAGACUACGGAACAACAAAGCUGAUCCCCAAAAGCUGAAGAAAGAGAAGGAAGAGGAAGAGAUAAAACGCCUCGACGCUUUAAAAAUGGAGAGGCAAAAGAGAAUUGCUGCCAGGAGUAAUUCAAUUGCCACCAAGUCAUCCACGCCACCACAGCAAACCAAGAAACAGAUUCCAAGGAAAUUUUCACCUAGCUCUUAUAUAGGAUCCAAGUUUAGUGAUUCAGAGCCGGGUUCAUCCUCACCCUUCCCAAGAUUUCCCAUCAGAAUUGCUUCUGCUGGAUCCAGCGAGUCUUCAAAAGCCCCAAAAACCAGCAGAUUGAGUACUGGAAGCCAGUUAGCUACAAACAAAUUAAGCCGAUCAGCGCCUUCUCUGCCCGAAUCUAAGCUAGAGAAGGGUGAUGGUACAACUGAUACUAAGGCAUCGAUGACAAGACUUAGAAGAUUGUCAGAACCUAAAAUGAGUACCAUUCGUCAUACUUCCUCUGUCUCUGUUAAACCACGAGGUGCUAGGACAACUUCAGUGACUAAAGCAGCUAAUGAGACUGAGAUCAGAAAGAUUUCUGCUAUUGUGAAUCAUGAUAAAAGCAAGACUGCAACCCUUCCCGAACUAAAAAUUAAAACACCUAAAGCUAAUAACAUCGUCCAAAAUAAAUCAUCAAUUAAAGAGAGGACACAGAAGCUGAAUGUUAACAAAUCUUCUAUGAAUUCAGAAGGUGCCAUGCUGAAGAGAAAUGAAUUUGGAAUUUCAUCCAUUGAUGAUGAAGAUGAUAAUCCUAUAAUUGAAAAGAAUGUUGUAAUGCUUGAGCGUGAAAAACCUUGUGGCCCCAAUAUUAGCAAUGACAAGUCAAAAGAAAAAACAGGGAUGCCAAAGAGACAGUAUGACAAUGAUAAAGUGAUGGAGAAACCUGAGACAGUGUCAAGUUAUGUUGCUGUUCGUGCCCCAGUUUCAGUAGAUAUGGAAACCUUGGAGAACAAAUCACAUGUGCUACCCUUAUUGUCCAAGGUUAAAACAAAUGAUACAGAUAAAGGGCAUUCAAAAUCAUCUAGCAUUCAUAUUACUGAUGAAGCAUAUCAUGCCCCACAUGCUCGAGUUUCUUCUUUGGAAGAUUGUUGCACACGAAACUCUGAGCAUGGUAAAGUACCUACCACAAGCUUGGACAGUGCAUCACUUGGUAUGGAGACUUUUAGAUCACGUGUGUCUGAUUCCAGAAACUCAACACUUGAGAAGAUUCCUGAAGUGAUUGAGAAGCCUCAGGUAAAGGAAUCAUCGAAAGGGUUGAGACGGCUGUUAAAAUUUGGAAGAAAGAAUCACAACUCGCCUACUGCUGGACGUGACAUGGAAUCGGAUAAUACCAGUAUUGAUGGUUCCGAAGCAAAUGAGAUUGGAACUAAUGGUUCCUCGAAUGAAGUUCAUACUCUGAAGAAUUUGAUCUCUCGAGAUGAUACUCCCACAGCCAGUGCAACUCCUCCAAAGUCUUCUCGCUCUUUCUCCUUGUUAUCGCCAUUCCGAAAAGCAACAAAGGAAAAAAGAUAAUGAUGGCUUGACAGAAUAUAUGCUGCUGCUUGAGGUUGACACAGUGACCAUUUACUUGAUUCUUUUAAUUUUAUUUUUCCUUUUUGGGGACCUCAAUGGUCCUGUGUGUCUAGUACUCUAGCUGAAAAUAUUUUGCUUUUGGAAUCCAGCUAUUAACAAAAGCAAUUUUAGGCCCUUUUUUGACAGCCCUUUUGAGCUUACCUUCUCAAAUUUAUUGGAAAUCUAGAUGGGGAGAUUGAUUCUGAAUCCUUAAGGAAUUGGUUGGUUCAGCAUCUGGUAAUGUAAAUUAUGCCACUAUGUUUUGACAUUAGGAAAAUCAAUUAUCGUACUUUUCAAUGAAAAAGAAAAACAAACAUUUCAAUGUAUAGUUUUGGUUGGCAUCUACUUGGAUACGCAUUCGAUUA